AUGGCGCUGCGGGUGAGCCUGGUGGUGCCCGUGUGCUGCCUGGCACUUCUGGCUCUCCUGGCACUGCCCACCAGGAGCUGCGGACCCGGCCGGGGUCCCGUGGGCAGACGCCGCUACGUGCGAAAGCAACUUAUACCGCUGCUCUACAAGCAGUUCGUGCCCAGCGUGCCAGAGCGGACCCUGGGAGCCAGUGGGCAGCCCGAGGGCAGAGUGGUCCGGGGGUCCGAGCGCUUUCGAGACCUGGUGCCCAACUACAAUCCCGACAUCAUCUUCAAGGAUGAGGAGAACAGCGGGGCGGACCGCCUCAUGACUGAGCGCUGUAAGGAACGAGUGAACUCGUUGGCUAUCGCGGUGAUGAACAUGUGGCCCGGAGUGCGCUUGCGGGUAACUGAAGGAUGGGACGAGGACGGCCACCACGCUCAGGACUCGCUGCACUACGAAGGUCGCGCCUUGGACAUAACCACGUCCGACCGCGACCGGAAUAAGUACGGCCUGUUGGCACGCCUGGCAGUGGAGGCUGGCUUCGACUGGGUCCACUACGAGUCCCGCAACCACGUGCACGUGUCUGUCAAAGCUGACAACUCUCUGGCGGUGCGGGCAGGGGGCUGCUUCCCGGGAAAUGCCACGGUGCGUCUGCGGAGCGGGGAACGGAAAGGACUGCGUGAACUGCACCACGGCGAUUGGGUGCUGGCUGCAGAUGCCACGGGCCGAGUGGUCCCCACGCCGGUGCUGCUUUUCCUGGAUCGGGACUUGCAGCGCCGGGCCUCUUUUGUGGCAGUGGAGACGGAGAGGCCCCAGCGCAAACUGCUCCUCACCCCCUGGCACCUGGUCUUUGCCGCCCGCGGUCCGGCGCCUGCCCCAGCCGACUUCGAGCCAGUGUUUGCGCGUCGACUGCGUGCUGGUGACUCGGUACUUGCCCCGGGUGGGGACGCCCUUCGACCGGCGCGCGUGGCCCGUGUGGCACGGGAGGAGGCUGUGGGUGUGUUCGCACCUCUUACUGCGCACGGGACUCUGCUGGUGAACGACGUCCUGGCCUCCUGCUAUGCUGUUCUGGAGAGUCACCAGUGGGCUCACCGUGCCUUCGCGCCCUUGCGUCUGCUCCACGCGCUAGGGGCUCUGCUGCCAGGUGGGACCACCCAGUCCAUCGGUAUGCACUGGUACUCCCGCCUCCUCUACCGUCUGGCAGAGGAACUACUGGGCUGAGAGUUCUUGGGGGAGAGACUGAGCAUAGGCAGAGACCUUGCACAAGGAUGGAGACUGGAGGACUUAGACGGAUA